AUAAUGUAUGUGUAGUGAACUGACUACUUAUGAGGUGGACAGUCGUAUAAGGGCUGACAGUCUAACAGUUUGUCGUCAGAUAUGUUGGACACGAGUAUUGGAUGGUUUCAGAGGGAACAGGAGGGCCCGGCAUUGAGACUGUGGACUAAGGCAUGGAAAGAGUUCAAUGAUGUGUCCGAAGCACCGGUCACUCCAGACAUGAGACCCACAGAAGACACUAAGCUAUCGGUGCCGACGACUAAAGACGUGGCAAACAAUUGGCGCAAAAGUUUGGUUCAAAUGCAGAAAACAUGUGAUAAUCCGUCGCUAAUCCAUGACUUGAACGCCAACCCACACCUCAUUCAGCGCUAUAAUGGCACGCCUUGGAUGACAAGGGCUGGCAGUGAGUCGGGGCUGGCUCUGGGUCUGACCGGUGCUAAGAGUACCACUGCUGAUGGCAUGGAUGCCCUGCACCGGGAGAUCGAGGCUUUCUAUAGCUAUAUGUGUCCGACAGAGUAUGAGAAGCGCUCCCGACUUGAAGUUCUCAAGCGUAUCACUAAAGCGAUUGAAACCCUUUGGAGAGAUCAAGUAGUGGUCGAGUGCUUUGGUAGCUAUAAGACGGACACUUAUUUGCCGACCAGUGAUAUAGAUUUGGUGGUAAUCGGGCGCUGGAACUGUCAGCCCCUCAUAGAGUUGGAGCAGUACUUCCUGAUGAACAGGUAUUGCUAUCCACAGGACAUCCAAGUGCUGGAC